AUGAAAAAAAAUACGGUAUUUAAAGAUUCCGAAAAUUUUCAACCUUGGACAGAAAAAUAUCGACCUAAAUCCUUAGAGGAUGUAAGUGCCCAAGAAGAAACUGUAGCUGUAUUAAGAAAAACGGUUUUAUCUCAAAAUUUACCACAUAUGUUAUUUUAUGGUCCCCCGGGAACUGGUAAAACAUCAACUAUCCUGGCAAUUGCUCGAGAACUUUAUGGACUUCGAGUGAAAGAGUUGAAUGCAUCAGAUGAUCGAGGAAUUGAUGUUAUCAGAAUAAAAGUAAAGAAAUUUGCGCGUACGAUAAUCAGUAAAAACACACGUGGACCACCAUAUAAAAUCAUAAUAUUAGAUGAAGCGGAUUCAAUGACUUAUGAUGCUCAAGCAGCUUUAAGACGUUUAAUGGAAGAUUCAUCAAAUACUACGCAACCGAUAGUCUCUCGUUGCGCACAAUUUAGAUUCAAACCAUUGGAUGCAUCAAGUUCGAAAUCUCGACUUGAAAUGAUUUGUACAAAAGAAGGAAUGAAUUGUGAUUCUCAGACAUUAGAUGAAUUAGUAAGAAUAUCUAAUGGUGAUUUAAGAACAGCAAUAACUUAUCUCCAAACUGCUAAUACAUUAUUCAAGAAUGAAAUGGUUACUUUAAAAUUUCCUAAUGCCAUUGAACAACUUGUUCAAAGUGCAGAAAGUCAUUCAUUUAAUAAAAUUGAAAAUACUGUUUCUCAGUUCUUUUUAUCUGGAUAUUCUGCUGUUCAAUUAUUAUCUCAAAUUCAAGAUCAAAUUAUAUAUGAUAAUACUGAUAGAUUUACAGAAAUUCAAAAAGCAAAAAUAGCAAUGUAUAUUGGUGAAAUGGAUAAAUGUUUAUCUGAAGGAUGUGAUGAACAUUUACAAGUUUUAAAUUUAAUUGUAACUAUUUCUAAAAAUAUAUCAAAUUAUGAAACAAUGGAUUUUGAUUAA